AUGACUAGCGCAGGAGUUGCUGGGAUGAUGUUUCAGUGUGCAUUUGAAGGAAGCCUGUCAAUGCAGGACACCGAAAUUGAGCGAAGGCCAUACCAUAAGAACUGCACUUGUGCUCUGCACAAGUUUAAGGGGGGUACUUGCUCCAACGCUUGUCAAAGGAACAUUUCCUUCCCAAAGAAACAUUCAUGGAGUGAUGGUUCCUUGUGCAUGCAGGCAUCAUCAACUUCCAAAUUCUCCUCUCUUGUCGGCAACAUGUCCAUGUCCACUUCCACAUCUACAGGAAACAGAGAAAGUGCGAAUGGGGAAUUCAUAAUUCGGCCUUGUCACAUAGACGGUAGAUAUGGAGACACCUUUCAAAGUUUCAGAUAA